AUGCACCCAACUUUCCAUAAAGCCCGGCGACUAGCACGAGCCAACAUCCACGCCAAACUAUACUCACCAUCACCAUGCACACUAUACAUUGAUGCCACACCCUACCCUCACAAACCUGCACACUGUGUAGCUGUUUUUGGCCAACAUCCACCACCAAACGUCACGGCGGCCACCAUCCUCACUACAAACACAACCACGGCGGAGGAAGCGGCCAUUGCCCUCGCGCUCGCCCAGAGCCCCACCCCCCAAUUCGUCCUAUCUGAUUCUCAGCAGGCCAUCCGCAAUUUUAUUCGCGGCAAUAUCUCCCCCAUGGCCUUCCAAAUUCUCACCAACAACCCUCCAUCCGACACCGUGACCCUGCUGUGGACACCAGCCCACACAGGCGUAGGCGCUAAUGAGAUGGUGCACGAUCGUGCUCUCGAACUUAUCGACCGAGCCGCCGUUUCAACUGCGCCUACACGCGAUGCCCCUGCAGGCAAGCCUACCUCCCUCCUGCAGUACAGGGAUAUUACCCUACACUACCGCCUCCUCCGCCGCCAAUACCCACCUCCGCACCCCCACCUCUCCCAAGAGGCAGCACACAUGCUGCCCCUCUUACAAACACACACUUUCCCCCACCGAACACAACUAAUACACACUCACCCACACCUCUUUACCACCCCCGCCUGUCCUGCCUGCGGGGCAUUCGACACUCAUGACCAUUCCCUUUGCGAAUGCCCCGCAGACCCAUAC